GAAAUCGUCUCCAAGCCGAUUUACCUACAGUCAUGGUGUGAGUAUGCCUGUUAACCUUCAGACUUGACCAUUUCUAAAAGUGUUAUCAGAAGUUGGUAACUUUAAAAAAAAGUUACAACUAAAUUGAAUAUGCCGCUGAUAUUAGCCGCGUGGUAAAAAUUAUGCUUUCGUACAUAACAUGGGUAGCUCUAAUUAACUUAUACUUAAGCAGUAAUUAGUACAGAAGCUCUUUUUAGCAGUGGCUAUCUAAGAUACUCCUUAUAAAGAAAAAGGAAAUACCAGACUAAAAUUCGACCUUGAAAAGCUGAAAGAUCCUAAAGUAGCAGAAGCCUUCGCAGCAAAAAUACGAGGAAAAUUUGCAGCGGUUAACAUUAUAGAUGCCGACGGUUCAGACAUGGACGCAUUGAUUGAUAACUUCAACACUGCUGUGACGGACACAGCUCACGACAUCUCUGGUAAACAACGACCAACCUGAAAACCAUGGGUGACAGCUGAUAUUGCACUAUAAUUAUAAACAUCAAUUGAGCCGUAUGACAAAGCAACCUUUAAAUUUCAUUUCGAUUCAACUUCAUCAGAUUUUUUUAGUUUGAUUCGUAGUUAAUAAUUUUUUCUUUCUUUUUUGUUUGUUUAUAUGGUUUUUUUUUCAGCAUUUAAAUUAUUAUAAUGUAUUUCCGAUAAAAUGACGGUGUUAAAAAGUUAUCUGAGAAAAAUAAAUUAGAAACUUCGUUCAACACGUCGGAAUAAAAAUUCAAGACUAGGAAUAUAUUCAUACAUGUCGGCAUUUAGCCUUACCAUUCUUUUCAUUUCACUUGCGAUAAGAUUAUUGCCUCUACAUAAAUCCUGAUUUUUUUUUUUUAUAUGAAAGUAAUCAAGUUAUUUUAUUUAACUCUAAGUGAAAUGAAAAUUACGUAAGAAAAAAUCCACAAAGAGGAUUUUGUUUGUUCUUGUAUUUUUCUCGUAUUUAUGAAAACACAAUGACAAAUUUAUUCCUAUGAUAAUAUGUAUUGAUACUCGACAAUAAUACUUCUACAGUAAAUUUGUCGCUGCUCUUCUGCUGGUGGCUUGCUUAGCACUGACCCACGGUCAGUUGUCCUAUGAUGCACAGCUUGGCCUGUCCAUACAAUUCUGUCAAAGAUGUGGAACCCCUGGACUCGAUGGUGAGUAGCGCUGAAGGUAGCAGAUGAAAAUUAACCCUUAAAGGAAUUUCACACACCCAGCAUGCUACGUUCUUUCUCAUGUCCCAAUUGAUUUGAUUUGCCCCAAGAAUAAGUUAAAAGUCUUAUCCUCUGCAGUCGUCCUAUCAAUUUAUAAAAUGCUGGUAGUUUCCCAAGCUUUCAGCGUUUUCUUAAGCAUAUCAGUCGCUACACUGUCCACGCCAAACCAUUACAAAAAAAGUCCUGGUCUAUGAACGUUGAGAUUGUUGGUAGUGGUUACAGGCGUUUCAAACCAAAACAGUUAAUUGAUGAUUAUUAUAAUUGUUCCAGCAAAAAGUGUUGCUCAAACAAAAAUGCUCUACUGGUUGGGUCCCUUUCGUGACUGCAAAACAAGCAAGUUCAUAGUCCCUUCAUUUAUUUCAUAGCCUUAACCGGCUUUUCUUUCUAGCCUCUACUGGGCUGUUGUUUAAGAAAUGUUAUCCCCAGCCUCAACUUGACUGAUGUUUAAGAUCUUUUAUCCCUAGCCUCAACUUGACUGAUGUUUAAGACCUUUUAUCCCUAGCCUCAACUUGACUGAUGUUUAAGACCUUUUAUCCCUAGCCUCAACUUGACUGAUGUUUAAGACCUUUUAUCCCUAGCCUCAACUUUACUGAUGUUUAAGACCUUUUAUCCCUAGCCUCAACUUGACUGAUGUUUAAGACCUUUUAUCCCUAGCCUCAACUUGACUGAUGUUUAAUACCUUUUAUCCCUAGCCUCAACUUGACUGAUGUUUAAGACCUUUUAUCCCUAGCCUCAACUUGACUGAUGUUUAAGACCUUUUAUCCCUAGCCUCAACUUGACUGAUGUUUAAGACCUUUUAUCCCUAGCCUCAACUUGACUGAUGUUUAAGACCUUUUAUCCCGAGCCUCUACUUGACUGAUGUAUAAGACCUUUUAUCCCUCACCUCUACUUGACUUUUGUGUAAGACCUUUUCUUCCUAGCCCCAACAGCGCUCAUGUGAAAUAAGAGGCUUAUAAAAAGAAUGUGUUGAAAAUUUUCAAUUGUAUUUCUUUCCUGGCUUUGUCACACAACAGACACAAUUUAUAAGAUAUAAAAGAAACAUGUGGUAACAGAUCUACUAGUAAAAAUAUAAUGCCUUAGCUAUAUGUACAAUAUAUAUAUAUUUUUAUUUAUCAAUGACCUCUCUAAACAGAUAUAUCAAUCAAAUGUCUUAUUGCAUAACUAUAUAACUCAGGCGUCCAAAAUUGUCCCUCGUUUACAGUCAUGUUUUCCAGCCAAUGAUUAGUCCUACAUGACAGAGUAGUUCAACUCAUUAUGUAAGCCAACAAGUGUAUUUUACCCCCUUUCAUUAUGAGUUGAACUACUCUGUCAUGUAGGACUAAUCAUUGGCUGGAAAACAUUACUGUAAACGAGGGACAAUUUUGGACGCCUGAGUUAUAUAGUUAUAUUAUGUAAGCCAACAAGUGUAUUUUCCCCCCUUUCAUUAUAACACGUGAUAAAUCUAUGACACGACACGACAUUAAAAGAACCAUAUAACAGUGAAAGAAGGAAAUACAUUUUGAUCUAUGUGUCCAUCUCAUCUAUUGAAUAGUUUAACUCAGAUUCUUCUACACGUUUUUCGAACGUCGUAAAAACACCGAAAUAUACUGAAGCCCUCUUCCAUUAGUAAGGUACUUUAAUCAUAAAUAGAUCUUAAAGGACUGUGCAUUUCAUCAAAUACACAUGUAAAGGGCCGCUCACUAUAAUAGAAGAAAUAAUACACAAACAUCUACUAACUAACACAAAACUUCCCAUGAAGGACUAAGAUUACUUUCUGAUGACCAUGGCAAGUAAGUACGAUAGCGAUCAGCUCUAUAUGCUGAGCUGUGCCUUAUAACAUUGUCUUCACGCAGGGCUCACCCGCCGCCAUGGCCUACCUCGAAACAUCUAGUGUUAGCAUAUGCCCUAGUGUUGCUGGGGCCAUACUGUAAUGCCGACGGUUAGGGUCCCUGUUAUUGUCUAGUCUCUUGAAAAAUGUGCUCAAUACGCAUCUGUGUCACUAAACUUUGCAGACUACCAUGGGUCUUCUAGUCAAUUAGAUGGUUCUUUUGACGAAUGAUAAUGAAUAUGCACGUACGUCAGAAACAGUCAAGACAAAAAAUGAUAAUUGCCAUAAUAAUAAGUCAUCAUCAUUAAAUCCAUUAACCCCAUGCAAAGCAUUUAGUCUUGACAACAUCAAACCACGUGUGCCCAAAGAGUUAGCCAAGGAAAUAACUACUGCACUGACAAUCCUGUUCCAGUCGUCAGUGUGCACAGGUAAUGUUUCAUCAGACUGGAGAUUAGCGCACGUCACCACUAUCUACAAGAAAUGGGAGCAUUCCGCCCUUACCAACCAUCGUCCGAUAUCCCUCACCAGCGUGGUAUCCAAACUGUUAGAACACAAAAUUGAAAGCGCAGACAUGAAGCGAUUUGCAAGCCAAAAUAUACUCAAUGACUGUCAACAUGGCUUCUGAGUCAAAGAGUGUUUCGCUGGGACGAACAUAUUAACAAUGUGUGCACCCAGGCAAACAAGACCCUAGGGUUCUUAAGGCAAAAUCUAAAGAUCGGCAACUGCAGUGUAAAAAAAAAAAAGAGCCGAUAAAGCCUUUGUCCUAGCGCUUUUAGAUACGUAUCUUCAGCCUGGGACCCAUUUAACCAGAAGAGCAUUGACAGGUUGACGGGCAACACGCUUUGUCCUAAACCGCUACAGGAAUACCUCUAGUGUUGGCAGCAUGCUGUAAACAUUAGGCUGGUCACCAUUGGAGGAACGACGACGACUAUCCAGGCUCUCCAUGAUGAACAAGAAAAAUAAUGGGCUGGUCCACUACUCUAGCAUUAAAGAGAGACUUGUUCCUCUCGCCAAAAGACAGCGUCGAGGCCAUGAAAGGAAGUUCCGGCUCAUACCAGCAAGAAGCCAGUGAAGGACCUGCUCAUUCCUGCCAAAGACAAACAGGGACUGGAACAAGUUUCCAAAAGGAACAGUUCAGGCUAAAACCCUUGACACAUUUGUGUAUAUUGCCUCAGGCCUUUAAACCCCCAGUUCCUGAUACCCUCACUGAGAAGCCCUUGCAACCAGACAGAUAUCCUCUUCAACACCACGCAUAAAAACAUUUAUAAUCCCCUCUACAUACAUUGGAGAUAGAAUGAAAAAAAAAUUGAUCAAGGGCCCUUAAUGUGUAGAAGAAUAAGAAGUAAAAAAAUGGCGUUCACGAACUACUAACUCUCUCAAAACACACCGCGUACUAUAACACACAAUAUCAAGUGUGUACAUUCAUUAUUAGUGAUCUACCGACACUAUGUACAUGCUACUUGGUUGUUUUAUCUGUUAGAUUUCUGCAUCAAGCGCUACGGAAGGUGGGGACAAACGGUACCUGCUGUAGGCAAUGCCGGCUUUGGAACAUUUGGUGGACCUACUGGACGACCACCACAUGGGUAAGUUGGUGGACCUACUGGACGACCAACACAUGGGUAAGUUGGUGGACCUACUGGACGAUUACUAAAUGGGUAAGCUCGUGGACCUAUUGGACGAUAACUACAUGGUUAAAUUAGUGAACCUGCUAGACGACCACCCCAUGAGUAAGUUAGUGGACCUACUGGUCGACCACCACAUCGGUAAGUUAGUGGACCUACUGAGCGACCACCACAUCGGUAAGUUAGUGGACCUACUAGACGACCACCACAUGUCUAAGUUGGUAGACCUACUGCUCGACCGCUACAUGGUAAAGUUAGUUGAAAACUUGGUCUAGCCAACUGUCGAAUAAUUUACUACUAAACAGUAGGUUUGCGUUUCGCUCACUAAUAUACUAUUAAUUUCCAUUUUUUUAAAAAUCGUGAUUUUUUUUUUUAUUUGUAUAUUCAACAUGUUUAAACGUAUGAUAUAUUUAUUCAUGAUAUUUCAAGUUAAAGAUUGAUUUAUGUUCACCAAAAUUAAGUUGAUUUUAUUAUUUUAAAAAAAAAAAGGAUCACUGAAUGUAAUAGCCCUCUAAACAACUUACCCUCUAAAGAAAUGACUUUAACGUGACAACAAUAAUAACAGUUUCCACAUCAUUUCUGAUCAGUUAUUUUUCUGGUGUAACCAACAAUGUGCCCAACUCAUGCGUGACACUGAAGCAAUAUGCUGCAGCCAUCCCAAACAGAGGACUACAGACCAACAGCAUUCCUGUCUACGUCCAGACCGGUGACUGGGGAGCAACCGUACCCAGGGUAAGAGUAUUUGACAGGGGUUCAAACCUCUCCAUUUGCUGUUUGCUGACGGGCAUUCUCAUAUCUGGAGUAACCAAUGUAGUUUGAAAUUGAUGUAGUGUCAAGGCCAUUAUAGCAAUUUCCACUAAAAGAGACUGUGAUAAUUUCAGUUACAAUCGUGUAUUGUAUCUUAUAGUCGUGUUUCUGCUUCGUUAAACUAAAUCAUUAAAAACAAAACAAACAAAAUUCGAUUUUCAAAAUGUUUUAUUUCUUUUAAGAAAACUAAACUAGCGGAUUAUUUGAGCAUUUCAAUGUGAAACUAGUUUUGUAAUCAACAAACGUAUUUCAAUUAAAUAAAGAUAUAUUCUAAAAGUAAUAGUUAUUGUUGAUGAUCAUUUGUCAUUUCAUACUUAAGAUCUUACAUUUAUUGUAAAGAAACAAUAUUGUUAUUAUGAAAACGCAAACACACGCACACAAAAAAAGCACACUCAGAAGCACGCCAACACUCAUUUAUAAAUAAAUAUGAUGAAACACACACAAAAUUAUCUAUUUACGAAAGAAGUGUUUCACCAUUCAGUGCUGCUGUAAAUAAGUUGAAAAUCUUUUCAUGGUUUUGCGGAUGUAUUGCGAGGUAAAACAAAACUUUUAAAAUUUCCAUUAUCUGUCCCCAGGUAUUCUUCAACCCAAUCGUUGCUCAGUUCUUACCUGUACAGUACCCACUUGACCACUAUCUGGACAACAACGCUAGGUUCCCCAACGGUGUCUGGAACUACGCCAACCCAAGCAGACCAGUGAAGGUGAGGUCUUCCUCCUCUUCAUAUUUAUGAUAGCCGUGCCUGUAUUUUAAAUCUUUAAAAAGGACAAUGGGGCACUCGACGUUGACACUAGAAGCAGUGAGCAUAUUCCAUUUUACCUUAGAAAAAUGAUGUAAAUAAGCAAGAAAGAAGUAUGCUAUAUUGUUUUAAACCUCAUUUAACAUUUAAUGGGCCUGUGAAUUUAAAUUUAAAAUAUUAACGUACUACCGAUGGCUGCAAAUAAAUCAAUAUUAAUAUCAUGUUCCCAGAAUGCCUACAGGCUCGACAGCUUCUACUACCAGGACACCGGCAACAACACCUGGUCCUAUCAGUGCUACUGUGACUGGUGCCAGCAAGCCCAACAAUGUACUAAUGGUUAAAACAGUCCAGUAGCGUGCAUUGUGAUUAUAAGUUUCAAUAGUACCAUAAUUAAUUCUAUUGAUUGGUUGUAGUGGUAUCUCUUG